GGUCCUUACACCUUCAUGCAGCGUGCAGUAGCAAGAUUGCAGUCUGUUGUCCGAGCUAUGUCAACACUUACUCACCCCCCAUCUCUCUCUUCAUUUUCUACCUGCGAAUUGUCCGAUGCUCUUAUCAAGCUUGGUUCUCCUAAUGGCGGCUACAUUCCAGACAUUAACAUGAUGUCCCCUACCUCAUCUGCGUCGGGUUUGAGAGUUUGUGGACCAGCAUACACGGUCAAAAUGGUCAUGACAUCAGACAAGCUGUCCCCAAAACUGUCCUCCCACUUUGUGGAUACUGCAACAGCAGGCUCUGUCAUUGUCAUAGAUGCCCCUCCCCAGGCUAAAAAUGCUGUUUGGGGAGGCCUAAUGACUGCGGGUGCCCAAGCUCGCGGGGCUGUCGGUGUUAUGAUUUCUGGACGCUGCAGAGAUCUUGCAGAGCAUCGAACUGCCUCAUUCCCAGUUUUUGCGCGGGGCCAUUCGACCGUUGGCCAGUCUCCAUUUGUCCGUCCGUCCGCCAUCAAUAUCCCUCUCCUGAUUGCGCCACAGGGACAAGUUGGUGAAGGUGAUGAUGCUUUCGAAUCAGUGAGAGUGGACCCCGGAGAUUGGAUCGUCGCUGACGAAGAUGGUGUCGUUUGCGUUCCCAAGGACAUGACGGAGAAGGUAAUCGAAGUUGCGGCCAAGGGCCAGGAAGUUGACGCCAGAUGUAUGGAAGAUAUCAAGGCUGGAAAGGGUAUACAAGAAUCUUUCAAAAAGCACAGAGGAAAGUAACCUAUCAGAUGUUUUGAAUCAAUAUGGAGGUCUUUACGAGUAAACAUUGCGAUGAAAGAACCUCUAGAGACCAUCUUGUUCCGAAAAGUUUAUUACGAUGCAUCCCUGUCGGUGCGAAAUUGUAGGUACAACUGACUACGAGUAUUCUUACAGCAAUUCCGACAAGCCACACCAAUGUGUGCAUAACUCGUGAAUGCAUCUAAAAUCUAGUGUCCAUUCACAGCUUAACUUAACUAAACAUCUCAAUGUUAGAAGGAGGCGACAUUGUAUGAUAGUUGUACACUCACUG